ACCUAAUAACAAAUCGCGCGAUCCAAUUGGCUAUACCAUUAGCUGUUUAUAAGCAACUUUAAUCUUAGCGUUUAUACCAUAUUUUUUGCUGUAAAUACAAGGAUAUGUGAGCAAUAAUUAGCGAAAUAACGUUUUCUAGUUCUCGAAUUCUAGUCCGAUGUCGAAAAAAGUCUUCACCUUCUGUUCUCAGGUCAUUCAAAUGUCAAUAACUUAACUGCACGAUUAGACUUUUAUCAGGCAAUGUGCGCGUGAUUCAAUGGGAUCUUGAAAUACGGAAAAUGUUUUGACAUCCUAUCACGUUGGAUAAAGAGUUAUUAUUUAGAGAUUAUUUAUUUUGCAUUUGGUGCAGGCCCGUACACUUUCCACCUCAUCCCCCCGCCGUAACAAUCUCCAAAAUAUGCACGGACUUUCAUAACCUUGAUAACAAUAUGUCCAUUCUUGAUUUAGACUACCAAUGCGCUAACAUUGAUAAAAAACAUAGAUAAAAUAAAGUAGGUCAAGACGCAUGACAUAUAUGUUUAAAAAUAACUGUCAUGACGUUUUUGGCAUAAAAAACCCUUGUGUGUUCGCCCAGUUCUAAUGAAAAUGUAUUUUUGAAAACGUCAAAAGAGUAAAAGCUAAUUACAUUUCUUCACGAUCGGAGUCAGAAUAAAUAUCCUAGCCGGAUCAAAAGAGUAGUAAUUUCAAACAGCUUACAAAUUUUAAUUUCUGUUGUAAAACUAAUGAUUCUCAGCUUCCUGCUGCAUUACAUAUCUAAAUAGCGGCGGGUAGCUUAUUAACUUGUUAUGCAUGGAUACUGAAAUUAGAAAGCCAAACACGGAAAAAGUAAAAAGAGCAUGAUGAUGCGAAAAAGGGCACUUCCCGUCCGUUGCUCUUGUGUUGGUGGUGACUUCAAAAGGCCAAAAUAACUGAAAACUUGAAAACCAGAUAGAACACAAGAUUUUGAAGGGGAAAGAACGUCGUGCCUCACGAAAGAUGUGGAACAUGUAAAAACUUAGUGGAAUUUUGCGCCUAAAAGGAUGGAUUAGACGAAACAAUCAUCGACUAUGCAAGGUUUGGUAAAAAACAAUGCGUUUUCCGAAUAGAAGCGAAACACUUGAUACGGACCAAACGGCUAUAGUCGAGUUAUUUGAGCUUGAAACUACUUAUAACGACAUCUUUAUUAAAAAAGAGUAACAACUAAGUAAAAUUUACGAGUGACAAAGAAAAUCAACAGAAAUGCAGUCGACAUUCAAUGGUACCCAUGACAACACAUGUUUCUUUCUCCGACUCGACACCCGAGCGGUCCACGAAGUUUAUGCGAGUUUUAUUGUGGCCAUCGCGAUGAAUAUAAUCGGAUCGAUUCCGACAGUGCUGUUAAAUGCAUUGGUUGUACUAGCAAUAUGGCGAAGCGCUCAUCUCCAUUCGCCUUCUCAAAUGCUGCUAUGUAACCUCGCAGUGACGGACCUCGGGGUUGGCAUGGUUUCUCAGCCAUUCUACGUCGCGUAUAAGUUCUCGGAAAUCAAUCAUGACUUUGUGAGCUACUGCUGGACUGGCGUGACGGCUCUAGUGUCGAGUUACAUCUUUGCGGGGGGCUCCUUUAUGACACUCACUGCCAUAAGCCUUGACCGCUACCUGGCAUUACACAUGGGAUUGCGUUACAAAACCAUUGUCACAUCAUCUCGUGUGACACGGUUGAUUCUUUUGCUAUGGGUCUUGUCAAUUUUGCUUGGUUUAUCACAGCUGGUCCUGAGUACCAAAGCAUUUAUUCGCCUAAUAGCCGCAGUAAUGACUAUCUGUCUCGUCACGAGUAUUAGCGCUUAUAUUAUGGCCUUCAAGGAACUAAAACGCCACCAGGCCCGUGUGACUACUAGCCAUCGAGACCCCACAUCUUUAGAUCCCAUGGACCUCAAUAAGUACCGGAAGUCCCUUAUCACGAUGGUACAAAUUUUGGUUCUCAUACUGCUGUCCUAUGUACCGUACCUUUGUGUGUCCGUUGCCAUAGCAAUCACAGGGCUCAACUCUCAGACGAGGGCUGCGCGGAAUAUUACGAGCCCGAUACUUUUUCUUAACUCUGGCGUCAAUCCUGUUUUCUAUAUAUGGAAGAUCCGAGAGAUUGGUAACGCUUGUCGCAUUGUCAUCAGGAAUGCGUUACACUUGAAUGUUGUGUUACCAGAAACCCACUCGGAGGAGGAAAGCAAUAUGUCAAGAUUUGAUUCAAGAAUGAUAAAGUCACGUGCCCUACCAGUGGUUUCUUAGUAAGAUAGAUGAAUCAUUGAUGGGUGUCUCGAAUGUAUCUAAGAUUGCAAAAGCAUGAAAUUCGUUCAAGAAAAAAAAAUCAUGUCAAUAUUCGCCAAGGUGUCGGGUACUCAUGUGACAAGAUGUGAAAUGACAUGGGUAACAGCUGCAUCGAUUGAUUCGACUCCGGUUGGCACCUUCGUGGGUAUAAUAGCUAAGAAAAUGAUCAAUUUUCGGUGUGUAUUUGUAUAGGGAAGAUUAAAUACAGGUUGAUCUUGUGACCAAUUGAUUUAGGGCCCCGCAUGGUGCCCCGAAAUUUUGAUGUGCUCGCAGUUGUCGGCUAAUGCUCGCGCGUUAUUUUCCGCCGUGGUAGCAUUGUAUUUUUUGUUGUGCUCGUUGCUCGAUUUAUUUAAAAACCAAAAAUGCUCGGUCUCGGUGUGGCAUGGGCUCGAAAAAAAGAUUUUUAACAUAUCCAUAUCCUCGAGGAAAUUGAUUUACUUUUGGAUUUUCCAUUUUCCUUGGAAAUUGCAUUUUCCUCUGGACACCCCACUGGAUGGUGGACGUUCGGUUGGUGAGAUCUGAUCAGGAGUACGACGGGCUUUUGCGCGAAUAUAUAAGCAUUUUUAGAAGAAAUUAUCAUCCUUUGAGUACUAUUCUGAGUCCUCGGGCCAUGUGAUCGAAGAGUCAGCGAUUUGGGACCUUUGGGGAACGUCUGCAAAGACCGCUUGGUCUCCAAGCACCUUACUCGCAAACAGGGCGCCCUAUUGCGGCCAUGCUUUUUCCAUAUGAUAACUAUGACUGCGCGCACACCCCCCUCCCCCCCCCCCCCCAGCCAAUCCUGGGUACUCGCCUUGGGCGAGAAUGACUGUUGUAGAAGAAACGAGGGUUCCCGGGGCCUAUUCAAAAUGGCUGUUACGGAAGACGAAGAAGUACAAGAUUCUUCGGAAGUUUUUAAGCUCAGACUUCGCCAAAAAAGUAACAGCGAUCUUUUAAUGAAUAUGGCAUGAAAUCUCCUUAUAUGGUAACGACGACGCUGUAUAAACGUAGGAAAUCUUUUAAAUAAAUUGAUUCCACUCAGUCGUUUGGUUUUCUGUGCUACAAGAGUAAUACUUAAACAAGCAAUUCGGAAAACAGUCAUAUAAAUGCAAUAGUCGUAAUUGUGCGCACAAGUCGCUUUUUAUUGAACAUUACGGCACGCGUGACUUAAAGGAAAGGCAGAGGUACUUUUGGCACAUCCUCUACAGAUCGUUUUUCAUUCCCAACCUCAACACAUUCUGUCGGGCGUUUAAAGUCGUCAUCCGUCACCUCCAGUCGCGAUACAUCCAACAGACUGAAAGAACAACCAGGGGCAGUCCAAAUAUAUUGCAUGGAUACGAUUAGUAGGACAGGGAGAAAAAUGCAAGCUGCAAACUUACGCUGGUCUCAUCGCAGCGCGUGACAUUAAAAAUGGGACCGCAAAUUACUGUUGGAAAGUUUGGAUACCGCUGACUAGGUACAGCAGGGUUUCACUUUGAUGAGUUGAAAGAAACUCGAAAUAGAAGAAGGUAUUUGUUUUCGGUCUGUUAUUUUUUUUUUUUGUAAAUUCAGAUAAUAAAGAUAACCAGGGGUAGAUGGGCUAAGGUAUGUGCAGAAUUCUAGGGGCUAGAGAAAGCGCAUAGAAUGAAAUAAGUACAUUGGAAUAGAAUAACAGGGACAGCCUCGAAUUGUUGGGGGAAGGGGAGGGCACGACACAGAAACAUUAAGAAAACAAUGGAGGGCACAGCCACGCCCCUACUGGUCAUUUCCUUGUGAUUUUUGAAAAUAUGGGGGGGGGGGGAGGGGGGCACGUGCCCCCAGUGCCCCACCCUCUGCUAUACGGCCCUGAGGGAUGAUAACAGAGUGCAAACGGAGUCCCUCAGGGGUAUCCAAACAGGCGAUCGUGGGCUACUUCGCGUCUCAACUACUUGCAGCUUUUUGAGAAUAUAUACUAAGGCUUUUUUACGUGAUAAAAGAUCAUGCGCUAUGAUUCCUGCCGCGUAAUGAUUACCUGAAGAUAACAGUGGUGUCGUCUUUGCGACCGACCGAGCUGACGAGGAUGCACUCAUCGGCCGUGACAGUGGCCAAGAAAGGAACUUAAAACACGCCAAACACACAAGUUAGAACAGUCUUUUCAACCGAAAAGAGGUAGGAAACCUUUCCCUUGCGUGUCUUCAUUCAUCUCAAUUUGAAGUUAGCGCGUUAUCUAUGUAUUGGACGUCCCACAUGGCAUGGCCAUCCCGUAGAAUCCUCACCUCCCAGAACUUUCCCGUGAAACCGCUUAACGUUGAGUCCGUGUUCGGAGGAGCCCGCCCGACCCGACUCCAGGAGUGUGGCGUCGGCGGGCAGUUCAACGGGAGUGAAGGGGGUAGUUAGGGCGUAUUUGUAGCAGCGCUCGCCAAAGACUGUGUACCCCACUUUCUACACAAGAAAAUUACAUUAUAGCAGAUAUAUAAAAAACUACCGGAUCAAG